AUGCUCGACUCCGUCGUUAGAACCGGACCCAACUCGUCAGUCAAGAGGUGGAAGUAUACACGAAUUCGAGAGGCCAUCGACAACUCAAUUACGCAGCUUCAACAAUGGCAAAGUAUCUUUGACCCAACGUGGUAUCUGAUACUUCGGAUGGGAAACAAGUUGAUCGACGAUGAGUUGUCCAAGCACGGCGACACAGAAAGCGAAACAAUGUUCUUGCAAGCAGGCAAACCUAGCAAUACGCUAGCAUCUGCACAGAGUAUCCGAAGCAUGGUGAAGGGAGAAGGGAGCAAAGAGAUGCAUGUCACACUUCCAGAAGAUGGUCUGGAUUGGGCCAACACCUGGACCAUCAAAUAUUCUAGCACGGUUUUGAUUCGCAGAAAGGCUUCCGAGAAGCUGUAUGCAGUAGACACCAUUACUUGCGACAGUAGUUACGACCUACUUCGUUUGAGAACAGACACUGAGACCCUCGCCAAGAAGCUCAAACGAGAGGACAUAGAGCUCUUUGGUCUUCUGCCCUGCAAAGGCGUCGUCAAGCGUAGAAACCCGGAGACGAAAAAGCUUGCGUCGAUGAGCUUGGCCUCCCAGAUACCUGGCACCGAUUUGCGCAGACCUCCUAUCAGCUUACGAAGCCUUUUGCUGCAGGAGCGCAGUCUUAGCUUGACUCGAGCUGUCGAGAUUGCGAAACAGCUGGCUAGAGCGGUUAGCUUCAUCCACACCCUGGACUUCGUUCACAAGAAUAUCCGCCCCGAAACUACCUUGAUAUUUCCCGACCACGGCUCCGACAAGUCUUGCGAGAUAUUCUCGGCAUACCUCCUUGGCUGCGACUCUUUCCGCAAUGUGAACUUCCACACGCUGAAGGUUGGCGACGAUGCGUGGGACAGGAACCUAUACAGGCACCCGACUCGCCAGGGCAUCCAGGCCCAGGAAGCGUACAUCAUGCAACAUGAUGUCUACAGCCUCGGGGUUUGUCUUCUUGAGCUUGGAUUAUGGGACAGUUUUGUGGAAUACAACUCCGAUGCGGGCGAGGCCAGCAGUAAAAGAGUGCCAGGGAUGGGACUAGGGUUGAGCCUGGUCGAUUUCAAGUCCCAGUCAGGCAAUAUUGAGCAAACUAAGAAGAUCAAGAAUCAGCUGGUGAGCCUGACGAAGGCUCGGGUGCCGGCUCGAAUGGGGGACAAAUAUGCUUCCGUGGUAAUUACUUGUCUCAAUUGUCUGGAUGAAGACAGCCAUGAUUUUGACGGAUAUGAUAUGCAUUUUGAUGAAACUUUGGGACAUCAGUCUGUGACUAUCGAGGUGGAGUAA